AUGACAUUCCGGUUUCCGGGGUCGCUCGUGAACAGAGCUUUGCGCAGCAAACUUCUCACCGCACAGCAACACCGCGCAUCCGUUGCAGGUGAAUUGCAAUUCCAGCAGACACAGACAUGGCUUUCAGCUAGCCUCCGGUUCUACUCCGAACGCUCCUUCCAACGCUCCUUCCAACGCUCCUCCGGUCGAAACGACUCCUAUCGCAAGACUUCGCGCCCAGGCCCAGGCCGCUUUGAGAAAGAUGAACAGAAAUCUAUGAACAGAGGGAGGGGGAGCCGGAAGACCUUCAAUGAUGAUUUGUCUUCAAAGAGAGAUCGGGACUUGUUGAUGGCUAUUGCAUCUGGCAAGGAAACCCUCGGCGGCCGGUAUGACGUUGAUGUUGAUGGUGAUAUUGCCGAAAGCGAAGCCCUGGACAAGGAAGCUGCUGAGAAGUGGUCUGCUGAAGCCGAGAAGCCUGCUACCGAGGCGUCUGAAAACGAUGCCUCGCAAGAUCAAGUUCCUAGGGUUGAGGCUGAGGUCGAGACUGCCAAUGGUGAUGCCCCCAAAGAACCCGCACCUUCGGUCAUAAAAUCUCUCAAAGUUCCAAACAAGGUUAUCACGGAGGAGCUGAAAUGGUUGUCUGAUCCUCGUGACUUUGCGGAGCGAGUUUCGCGCAUUUUGCAUGCCGGUGAUCCCGCCCUGGCGGCGGCGCUGAUCCGCACUGGAACGAAGCAGGGCAUGAGAUGUGAUGUUGCUUGGAAUACUUUGCUCCAGUAUUGUAUGGAUCAAAAUCACCCGCAGGCUGCAUUCAAGUUUUAUAAUGAUAUGAAGAAACGUGGCAGAAGGCCGCUUGCGACAACGUACACGAUCAUGCUGAAGGGAUUCAGCUCAGCCUCAGAAUCACCGAGUAUCGUCAAGACUGCUGCCUCCGUCUAUCGAUCGAUCUCCUCACCGAACUCCGGCGUCAACCAGAGCAUUAUUCACACGAACGCCAUGCUUACGGUCUGCCAACGGCAUAAUGAUAUGGAUCGUUUGUGGAAGAUUGCCGGAGACCUCCCAGAGGAGGGACCAGGUGCCCCAGACGCAGCUACCUAUACUAUUAUCUUGGGUGCCGUUCAAUUCGCAGCCCGCAAGGAUAUCCAAAAAAUGUCCCCCGAGGAGAUUGAUAGAAUCCUUGAGCGGAAAGCUCUGGCUGUGACCGAAGGCAAGCGGAUUUGGGCCGACGUUGCUUAUCGAUGGAAAAACCAAGCCCUGGAACUUGACAACUCCGUUGUGAAUGCGAUGGCUAGCUUGCUCCUGGAUGGAGCAAGUGACCUUGACUGUUACAAUGUCAUGGAGCUGUAUAAACAAACCAUGGGUAUUCCCAUUUUACAAAAACGGCCUAUCGAGUCCGAGAGUUCAUCCCGUCGCAGGAUCACUCGCGAAGAAACUCAAACACUCGAACAGUCACAAUCAAAACGGGAGGAUAGUAUGGAAGAUGUUCCAUUCGUGGAUGAAAACAACCAAAUUAUUAGAGAAGCAGAGCCGGGCGAAGAGGCCCAGCCGCUCGCUGAAGAACCAGAGGAAUUAGAGGAUGAAGCAGAAGAACCAGAAGAGGAAGAAUCAUUCGAAGAGCUCUUCAGGCCUGUCGUCCCAGACUUAGCCGAGCUUUCUUUCCUCAAGCCAGACAGCAAAGAGCUUACUCUUCUUCUGAAUGCCUGCUUCACCAUCACCCACGGCACCGAGGCUGGUGUCAACUACUGGAAACUUCUGACCAUCCAAGACCCGAAAUAUCUCAUUGAACCCGAUAGCGUCAGCUACCUCCAAUAUUUCCGACUUCUCCGCAUUUCCCGCUCCAGCAAAGUCGGUGUCGCUGCCUUACGGGACCAGAUGAUUCCGUCCGGUGUAGCAAACGGAAAGGCAUUCCACGUCGCUCUCAGUAUCUGUCGCCGUGACCGUCGCAACCACUCGGUUCUUCAGCACGCAAACGAGCUGAUGUCCUUGAUGGGUAAAGCGUUGAUCCUCCCGGAUCUCCGAGUCCUCGAGGGUUACCUAGAAUUGAUCCAGAUCCUUUCCAGCCAACCCUCGGUGCUCCUGCACCUGCGAGGCCUCGACAUGGAAGAUACUUCCAGCAAAAGCAGACUGCAAGACAUCGGCCGCAAAAUCCAAGCGAAGCUGCGCCUGGCAGCCGUCGCUACCCUGCUACCCUAUACCGCCCAGCUUCACGAGGCAAUGGAGCUCGGAGGUCCCUCGAAGAAUAGUCGCUGGAGUGAAAUCCAAAACCAAAAAGACAAUGUCAACGGUGCCGCGGCUGUCAAGAUUUUGUCGCGCAUCCGUUUGAUAGUCGACGAUACUCUCAUGGAUGACUAUAAGUCGUUUGUCUCAAAGGCUGAGCGCAAGAUGCUGAUGGAAGAAUCGAAAAUGCUGAAGAAAUACUCUGACAAAGCUGUUAUUCAGAGCUUCAGAGGCAAGACUGUCUACCCGACGCCGGAGCAGAAGAGAUUCGGUGGCGAGCGCAUCAAGCGAUUCCAAUUGGAAGCCCGGAAGAAUCUUUCGAAGAAGCAAUUCGAAGAAGGUUCCUACCAGGAGCCGAAGGAGCAGGCGGAGAAGGCUCCGGAAUGGGAUGAAUCUUUUCCUAAGAAGGACUAA